AUGUCUGGAACUAAAAGAGCUAUGAAAAUAUUAGGCGCAACGCUUGUUGGUGCUGCAAUUAUAACUGGUGGAUUGUGGUUAAGUGGUUUUUUUGAUGAUAAUCAAAAUACCGGUAAUAUUUCUAAACUGUCUUUUGAUGAUAAAAAGUUGGGUAAUUUAGAUGUUGAUAGUACAGCUAAAAUGAUGGUAGGGAAAUAUAAAAUAGAUGAUAAACAGGCCAAGUUAUAUUUACAUUCUUUGUAUUUGCUUUCUAAGGUUACUUUAGAACAAUUAGAAAAUGUUGUAUUAAAAGAAGGUGUGGUAAAUUAUAAAAGAUCAUCAAUGUCGAGUAAGACAUCUUCUGAAAAUAGUUCUAAUGGAUUUCAAAUGGUAAAUUUACCUUCAAGUAAUAGUAGUUCACCAGAAACUAUAAAUUUAAGUGAAGUAACAUCAUCUUCUUAUUUACAAGUAGCAAUUGGAGAUGAGAAAGAUGCACUGGUUCAUGGGAUGGUCACUCCAGAACGCGUAUUGGUAGAAGUUUCUCCGGAAGAUGAACGAAUGUCUGUAACUCCUGAUGGUAAAAUUAUGGUAGAAAAUAGUACAUUGAAUUUGACUGGAGAAAAGUUAGUAAAAGAAAAAAAUGCAGCCUCAGUUUCAUUAUCGGUGGCUAGUUGUGAAAAACGGCCGAAUAAAUUAUAUUUAAGAACAGAUAGCCGGUCAUCUCUCACUGAUGAAUCUUCAGAAAAAUUUGGAACUCCUGAUGGUGAGGCUAAUUUAAGCGAUGCACAAGAUGAGGCUAGUUUAAGUAGUGUACGAGAGGAAGAUAAUUUAAGUGAUUUACAAGGAGAAGAUAAAUCUAAAGAUAAUGUUUCAUUAGAAAAAAAUGAAAAUGAUUCUACACCCAGUGAUAAAAAAGACUUAAGUCAUUCUUGUGGUGAAUCUCUUAAAAGUGAUGCUUUGCUGGACAAAAGUGAAAGCAACUCUACACUUGUUGGGGGAAGUUCCCCAAGUUCUUCAACUAGUGAAACCUCCCCAAGUUCUUCAACUAGUGAAACCUCCUCAAGUUCUUCAACUAGUGAAACCUCCAUUCCCCUUUUGAUAUUGGAAAAAAAUGGCAACCCUAAGCAGUGCGCAAAAGAUUUGAAAUUGAAAUUUGACGAAAUUUAUGAUAAAAUAUUCGUAAAAGAUAUGUUCAAUGAAUACUUUCAAAACGUGAAAUUAUUCGAGUUUAUAACUGGGAAAGUAAAUGAAGUAAAUUUAGAAGAUGAUGUUUUACUUUUUAUUAAAAAUAAUAAAGAUGUCAUACAGAGUAUACUAGAAGAAUCAAAAGGAUUAUGUGAUGAUGAACUUAACAGGUUAUUGGUAACAAGAUGUCUAUAUCUAAAAAAUAAAGGAGUUGAAGUGUUUAACUGUUUUGAAGUGAUAUUCGGUGUGUGCGCAUUUAUUGAAUAA